UUUUUGGUCGCUGUUUUAAUUUGAUAGGUUAUGUUCGUUCUGUUUUUAAACCUGAGUGUCGGGAACGUCCUGUUGGAAAGGCAGUGCACAGCAGCGCGGACUCUUGACGGCCACGAUCGAGAAACAGUUUCAGAAUUGGGCGAUCGCCCAGUCCUCAAUAUCACCAAGAAGCCGGACAACACGAGCGAAUUGGUCACUAAAAACAUUGGUCUUUUGAAUUGCGGUGUGAAAACCAGACAAAGGUUGAUUGUCCAAGAUUUGCUGCCCUCUGUGCUGUGCUAUUUGCUUGCUCUAUCGAGUGCACUGGGAAUACUAUCCACUGCAUCAUGUCUUUUGUUCAUACCCGCACUACCUAUCACGAGGCAGUACUUCCAAUUUGGGGACUUUCAGCCACUAUGCUCUCAUCAUCAUGUGACAGGAAAGCAGCAGCAGACCGAGCUCCAGGACCUGAAGUGACACCUUGUUUGCCUGCAAUGACUGGACAUGGCUUGCAAGACAGCUGUCCCACAUCGUUCUGGUAGAAUCCUACUGGGCAGGACCGGCAAGACUGUGUGGCAUUGUUGUAGUAUGUGCCAAGAGAGCACUUCACUGCAAACACAAAAGCAAAUAAAAUAGUGAAUAAAAAGUUCAGUUAAUAG